GUCUGCCAGAGACGAGAGGCAGUCAGUUCACAGGAGUUCCUGGGAGCAACCUGGGAGAGAGCGUGGGGCAAUCCUAAUUAGAGGAAGAAACAGACGGGAAGCAAAACCCAGAUGUUUUCCACAAGAGUCCUCCUUUUGGCUGUUGUGGCUUCCACUGCGCUGGCUGGGCCGUGGGCCAACAUGUGCGCCGGCAAGUCUUCCAACGAGGUCCGGGCAUGCGACAGCCACGGCUGUGGACAGUACUCUGCUCGAAGAAAUCAGAGGACUCACCAGGGUGUGGAUGUCUUGUGCCCUGCGGGAUCUACUGUGUACGCACCAUUUACUGGAAUGAUCAUGGGCCAGGAGAAACCUUAUAAAAACAAAAAUGCUAUCAAUAAUGGCGUUCGAAUAUCUGGAAGAGGUUUCUGUAUCAAAGUUUUCUACAUCAAGCCAAUUAAGUAUAAAGGUUCUAUCAAGAAGGGAGAAAAACUGGGAACUGUACUGCCCUUGCAGAAGGUUUAUCCCGGCAUACAGUCGCACGUGCACAUCGAGAACUGUGACUUAAGUGAUCCUACUGCAUACCUGUGAAUGGAAGACAAAUUACCAGAUCGUCUAAAUGGAAAAUCUUCCUCUUAAAAUCCUGGAUGCAUAUCCUGCUUUUCAAGAAAUUUAUGUUCAAAUAGAAACAUGAUAAAUGCAAGACAUAAAACAGUAUUUUGAUUUCAA